AUGUGGGAAGCUGUCAACCGAAAAAAUCUAGAACUAAUCAGUUUGGACAUGGUUCUUAUAGAUGAACAGCAUAAAUUUGAAUUUGUUGAUUACAGAACAAUUGUGGAUCGCUUUGACAAUUACAAACAAUUGACAGACAUCAUUGGAAAAAUAGUUGGUGUUGGACCACUAGAAAAUGUUCAUGUUCAAGGAUCUACUGUCCCAAUGAGAAAUAUAGAUAUCAUGAAUCCAGAGGGAACACUAUUUGUCAUCUACAAGUGCAACAAAGUGUACAUCAAUUUAGAAAUACCUGAAACUGCAACAUUGAUUGAUAGAAAUGUGGAAAAGACUGAAAUUGAAGGCAUUCCUCUACAAUUCAAGCAAGAAAUAUCAGUUGAAAAAAGAAUCACACAAAAUAGAAGAACAAUCAAGGAAAUAACAUCCUUGGAAUGGACGUCAGAUGAUCAGGAAAAUGUCUUCACAUGCCUUGCAACAAUUGAAAAUAUUGAAAAAAACUUUGGAUGCCAUUGCAAAAGUAACUCUAAUUUUCCAAUUCCAAGGUAUAGAAUUCAACUCAACGUUGAUGAUGGAACAGAGCGUGCCAUAUUUAUUUUGUUUGACAAGGAAGUUGAAAAAUUACUUCACACAACAACAAGAGAACUAUCAAACAAAUAUGCAACUAUGAAUGCAAAUUCGACCCUACCAAAUGAAAUAGAGAAGCUCAUUGGAAAAACAUUUGUGUUCCAACUAAAGCUUAACGACUAUAAUUGGAAGGAAGGAUGGGAAUUAUAUACAAUUGAAAAGGUGUUUGACAACAUUUCAAAUGACGAAACGGCAAUGAAACUUGAUCAUAUUGCAACAGAACCACUGCAAAAUGAUGAAAUCAAGGAAACUCCAGAUCAAAAUUCUGACAAAAACACAUUUGAAGAAGCAUUGGAGAAUUAUGAAGUCAAGAAAAACUCAGUCCAAACUUCUGAGAAAAACAAAUUUGAAGUUCUGGAUACAAAACCAUUAACAAGCACAAAUAAUGAUGAAAAAAGAUCAAAACAAGAACACAAUAAUGGUGCCAUCCCAUCAAUGAGUUCUGCCUCUAAUGUUGAAGAUGCGGAACCAAGUGACGAUAACAUGUUCCUUCGAGAUCUAAUCAAUCGUUGA